AUAUUUAAGCACCCUCGCGCUCAACUUCAUACACUCGAGUUGAGAUCAAAACAUAAUAUUUUCUAGUAACCAAUUAAGAAGGUUAGAAAAUGUCUCAACUUCAAAGGGUUGAAGGAGAAGUUGAGCUUAAGUGUGAUGCCGACAAGUUCUUUGAUGUUUGGGCUCGAAAACUAUACCUUGCUCAUGGAAUGUCCCCUGAAAAAGUUCCGAAAAUGGAACUGAUUGAAGGAGAGUGGCAUAAGGUUGGGGCUGUCAUGGUUGGGCACUAUUAUAUCAGUAAUAUUGGUGAACGAGCAUUCCUCAAGACAAGAGUGGAAGAAUUAGAUGAAGAGAACAAGCUAGUGAGGUAUAGCUACCACGACGGACAAAUCCUCAAGAGCUUCUACAAAACCCUAAAAUCAAUGAUUCAAAUAACUCCAAAGGGGGAAGGUUGCAUUGUAAAGUGGAGUUGUGAGUAUGAGAAGAUGAAUGAGGAUGUUCCUGAACCAAAUGCAUACUUAGAUUUUAUGCUUGAUGUUGCGAAAGACAUCGAUGGUUUUCUUUGCAAAGGUGCUAGCUUCAAAAGGCUGAAGCUCAAACUGAGCUCAAAUGUCAAGCUGACAAAUUUUUUGAAAUUUGGGCUCACUAAAACAUUUCUUGUAUCAAAAAUAUGCCCUAAUAAGUAUCCAAAAGUUGAGCUCGAUGAAGGGGAAGUUUGGGGUAAAGUUGGUGCUAUCGUCACUUGGAACUAUGUCGAUGUUAAUAUCGGUGAACAAGCAUUCCUGAAGACAAAAGUGGAAGAAUUUGACGAAGAUAACAGGCUAGUGAGGUAUAGCUACCACGACGGACAAAUUCUACGAAUGAAGACAUUGUUCACUUUAUUCAUGUCUGCUAAUUGUAUGCUCUCUGAUAAUGCCGCCUACUUUUGAACAUUAUUGUUGAGUUUAAUGUGUAUAAUAAAGCAAUCUUACGAAUUUUUGUGUGA